UUGUUUAGUUGUUUGUUUAUUUAUUUUGAGAUACGGUAUUACUAUGUGGACUAGGCUAGUCUUGGACUCACAGGGGUCUCCGUACCUUUGCCUCCUGAGUGCUGGGGUUAACUUUAUGCACCAUCACUGUGCUUAGGCCAGUGUAAUAUGUAUGCUCUCAGCUAGCUAACAUUAGAAUUCCAUUCUAGUUUCCAAUUGUUUCACCUCCCUUCUUAACCUAUUUUAUUUUGUGUUUACUUGAAGAAAGAAGAGAUUAAGUUUGAAUUCUAUUAAAUCUUUGGGAAUUAUUUAUAAACUUGCUUCAGGGAAGGAUAUUUAAGAAAGAAAAACUGUUUCCUAAGCUAAAAGUUUAGCACUGUUGCCUCCCUCCAGCUCCUCACCAUGCACUGCAGACAAAGAGCAGGGCAGUUACAACGUGUGCCUGAGCCGGGCUCAAUAGCCAUGGCCAAAAGGAAUGGUGUUUUGCUCAAUCCAACCACUUUUCAAGAAGGUCAUAAAUAAAAUAAGAAAGCAUCUCUCUGCAGCCCCUUCCCGCCCAUCUGGAGAUCACUGUAGGGUUUUGAAGACUGCUAAACCCCACAUGGCCCAGAGCCCGCACCUUUUGUCCAUGCCAUUGUGCCCAUUGCAGCAGCCCCUUCCAACUCUCAGACUGCAGUAGCACUUUCUCUACAGCUAGCUGCGCUCUAGGCUCAGCAGCCUCCAUCAGCUCACAGGGGCGCUCCGAUAGGCCCUGAGCUAGGCAGCACAGCGGGGUUGCUGUAACUUGGAUGAUUGCUUGCUUUUUCCAGACAAUAUUUUCAGUGCCCUUUCAAGUGUCUUGUGCUUAAUCAUUUAAUCCUCACUGCAACCCCAGGGCAUUAAGACCGGGAAGUUCAGCUGUUUGUGGGUUGGGAGGGCACGAACAAGGAAGUAGCCAUCUAGGCGUUGGCACUGCAGCUCUUCUGUAGAAAUCAGUGCAAAAGUUCAAAUUACAUCUUGUGAUCACUGAGUUGGUGGAGAGAGGAAGGCAGCUUUUCCGCCUUCCUGUGUCAGGGUUGGAAGUUCCCUCCCUAGCUCCCCUGUGUGGUCAGGUUCAGAGUGCUCUUAGUGGUAAACAAGCUUACUAAACAAUUCAUGCUUGUUUGGGUCUUUUUUUCUUUUCAAUUUUGGGACAAGUUCACUAUGUAGCCCUGGCUAGCCUGAAACUUACCGAGAUCUACCUGCCUCUACCUGGGCGCGCACCUUUCUGCAUUUUCAGAGUACUUUACCUCUUGGAAUUGUUUUAAUCUUCCUAACAACCAUGUGAAGUCCGUUGGGAUAAGUUUAAAAAUACGUACGACAGAUCUGGUAUUAAAGAUAUUUCCUGGAUGGAGAGAGACAGACAGACAAACAGACAUGGUGAGGGAAGAGGGCGCCCCGACCGGGAAGGGAGAGACAGGGAGCGCGCGCACACGCACACAGGCCUAUUUAUAGCUCGUGCCAGGUGCGGGCGCCACAUGAUGACAUCACCGACUCCUAGGCAACCCAGAAGCAGGCUGCCGAUACGCUAACCAGGUCAUCUGUACAAGGAAUGGCAUAAGCCACACUUUAAGAAACAGCCGGUGACGUCAUCAUGCCGCGCCCGCUCCUGUCAGCGCAUCCCGACGCGGCUGUUUUGAAGCCUCCCGAAUAGGCCGGCGCGUCCGCGCGUGGGGUUCCCGCCCCGCCGCUGGUGUCGGCGUCCCCGCGUGGGUCGGUCGGUCCGCACCGCCGCCAUGCCGCCCGGGAAGCCGCUGCAGCCCGUGCUGAAGAUGAAGGUGGACGAGCUGUUCCUGCGCUGGCUGAGCGAUCCCGACACGCAGCGCGCGCUGCACGACGCGCUCCGCCGCCUCCAGCACGCGGGGGCCGCGGAGCCCGGGGACGCCAGGCACGCGUGGGCGAGCGGGCCCGGGCCUCCCGGCGUCCCCUGCGCGCCGCCCGCCCACGUGGCCGGGCCUCGGGCCGCGCGCGCCGCUCGCCGGACGGCGGGGCCGAGGGCGGCGCAGCCCCCGAGGGAGGAGCCGCCGGCCCCGGCCGCCAGCCCGAGCCUUCCCGCCUUCCACUUCCCGCGGGGCCGCCCCGCCGACGCCCAGGACGUCGACGCCGCCGUCGCCAGGAUCGAGCACGUGUUCUCGGAGCUGCCGCGCGAGAGGGCCACGCUGGGCGACAUGGGCGCCGUGGCCAAGGCCUGCGGCUGCCCGCUCUACUGGAAGGCCCCGCUGUUCCACGGCGCCGGCGGGGAGCGCGCGGGCGCCGUGGCCGCGCGCCAGUUCGUGGCCGCGUGGCGGAAGAUCCUGCAGAGCUGCCACGACGACGCGGCCAAGUUCGUGCAGCUGCUGGCCAAGCCCGGGAGCACCUCCCUGGCGCAGGAGGACUUCGUGCCGUUCCUGCAGGACGUGGUGAGCACGCACCCGGGCCUGGCCUUCCUGAGGGAGGCGUCGGAGUUCCACUCGCGCUACAUCACCACGGUCAUCCAGAGGAUUUUCUACGCCGUGAACCGCUCGUGGUCGGGCAGGAUCACGUGCGCGGAGCUGCGGCGCAGCGGCUUCCUGCAGAGCGUGGCGCUGCUGGAGGAGGAGCCCGACAUCAACCAGCUGACGGAGUUCUUCUCCUACGAGCACUUCUACGUCAUCUACUGCAAGUUCUGGGAGCUCGACACGGACCACGACCUGCUCAUCGACGCGCGCGACCUGGCGCGGCACGGCGACCACGCCAUCUCCUCCAAGAUGAUCGACAGGAUCUUCUCGGGCGCCGUGACGCGGGGCCGGAGGGCGCCGAAGGGCGGGAAGCUGGGCUACGCGGACUUCGUGUGGUUCCUCCUCUCGGAGGAGGACAAGAGGACGCCGACCAGCAUCGAGUACUGGUUCCGCUGCAUGGACCUGGACGGUGACGGCGUGCUGUCCCUCUUCGAGCUCGAGUACUUCUACGAGGAGCAGACGCGGCGGCUGGAGGCGCGCGACAUCGAGCCGCUGCCCUUCCGCGACUGCGUGUGCCAGAUGCUGGACCUGGUGAGGCCGCGGAGCCCCGGCAGGAUCACGCUGUCCGACCUGAAGCGCUGCCAGCUCGCCGGCGUGUUCUUCGACACCUUCUUCAACGUCGACAAGUACCUGGACCGCGAGCAGAGGGAGCAGAUGGCGCCGCCGCGGGACGCGGACCCCGACGGCCCCGGCCUCUCCGACUGGGACAAGUACGCGGCCGAGGAGUACGACUUCCUGGUGGCCGAGGAGGCAGCGGGGGACUCGGGGGACGACUGGCUGGAGCCGCAGCUGAGGCCGCUGUUCACGGCGCCGCCCACAGCGGGGGACGUGGAUCUGUACCAGUUCGCAUGCGGGGACGAUGACCCCGCAUGACCGCGUGGGCCCCGUCCCCUGUGCGGGGCGGGGGGGGGGGGCCGCCACGGCGGGGCGGGGCACGUCACCUUUUUAUUUUUUCAAUAAAGAGUUUCAGAGUUGGUUUUUUGUUUUUUUAAUUAACAGACUAUGGUGGUGCUCCUCUAUGGUUUCAGCACUUGGGAAACGGAGGCAGAGGGAUCGCAAAUUUGAUGUCAACCUGGGCUACGUAGUGAGACCUUGUUUUUAAAAAGAAUUCUUUUUAAAGGUAAAGGACUUUAAAAGGACUUUCUCGCCGGGCAUGGUGGCUCAGAGGCAGGCGGGUCUACAAAAUGAGUCCAGCCAGCUAACGAACGCUACACAAGAAGGAGAUAAGAAAAUUUCCGAUUGAGAAGUGCAAUUGUUUUUCGGAGCCUGGUAUUAGAGCUGAAAGGCAGCUAUGGCGAAAGAGAAGACAUGCUGAUCAGAGAAAGCUGCAGAAGAGAGCAAGACCAAAAGAAGCCAGGUGGCCGAGCCUGUCAUCCCAGCACUCGGGAAGGACAGGCAGGAGGAGCAGGAGUGGAAGGCUGGAUGAGACCUCACCUUGGGAGAACAGUAGGGGCUGUUUGAGGUGUGUGAAGGGACGGGGCCAGUGGGGGCACCAGCUGGGGUCAGGCUCCCCACGUCCCCUGUUCCUUGCUGUAGUCUGUUUUGUUCUCUUGUGGUUUUGUUCUCGGUGGUGACACAGUGCAUGGUGGAGCCCAGCUGCGGGAGGCUGUGGAUUCAGUCUAACGUGCCACCAACCCAAAGGAGAAUACUUAGUUGACAGCUCAUUUGUCCUUGUGUUUAAUCCGUUCCUGCCACUAGAACAUUCUCUCUCUAAGGGCCCACUGUGCGCACAGCCCACAGCGUGUGCCGAGUGAGUACUGCAGCAGUCUAGUUAGGAGCGCCUCACCAAAUGGAGGCUGAGGUGUGGGCCAAGGCCAGAGUAAAGGCGGCAGAAGUGAGGAAGGGGCUGGGGACACGGCCCAGUGGGUUCCUCAGCACCCACUCUGUACCCCAACACUGGCUCCCCGGAGCUCACUGCCCGUCAACCUAGUCAGUGAAUUCCAUGAGAAACCCUUAAAAAUUAAAGUUGUCAGUGACAGGGAACAUCUGACGUCCACACACAUUUACCACACACAAAGUAAGGGGAGAAAGAACAUGGCCACCCUCUAGGAAAGAUGCGGACUAUGAGCAGGUGUGGGAGGGCGUCCGCUCAGGUUUCUGACUCCUAGAGGUGGUAUGCCAUGCUGCUCUGCCAGCAAGCACACUGGACUUCUCAGGACCCCAAGCAAAUGCCCUCCACGUGCUCCCGUAAGCCACGGCAGCCGGCACUCGUGUCAGCGUUAGCCUUAAAGAUGGCGCUGUGACUAGAGCACUGAGUCACAGGAAACUUGGACACUUCCUUUCUCCGGUUGUGUCCAGCUGGCUGAGCCAGUGGCCCCUCCCUGUGAGCCUGCCGAUGAUUCCUGGAUAGAUGGGCUUUCUAUAUAAGGAGAAAAGUUGGGGACUGGAUGUUGCUGUGUUCCCGGGAUGACGGCAACAGCCACAGCCGGGAGUGGAGAUGUGUUUCCAAGACAGUGAGGGCUCUUCCAGCCGCCUCUGCCAAACCCAAAGGCAGCGUCAUGGCUCUGUGCACCUUCCGGAGUGUGUGGUGAAGGCAGCUUUCCACUUGGCUGCUUUGGUGCUGAGGUUGUUUACAUGUUUUAGUAAAUGACUUCUUGAAGCUGACCGAAUAGGCGUUCAGAAUAGAUGGCACGUGACCACAGUGACACCACUGUGCGGGAGCAUCAGAGUUCAGCAAGAGAGGUUGAACUUGUGGUGGAGAAUGGGUAAAAAGCAAAUUCCACUUGCAGGUCACAGGGUUGGGGUUGUAGCUUGGGUGGUAGCGAGCUUGCCUGCCAUGCAUGAAGCCCUGGGCGCAGGCACUGCACAAGCAGGGCUUGGUGGUGCCAGCAGAUAAUCCCAGUACUGAGGAGACUGUAAUCUCGCAGCCAACGCCACACCUCUGGAGAUGGCUCGGCAGUUAACACUUGCUGCUCCUCCAGGGGACCCAUGUACUCUUCCAGUCACCACCUGUGCACCCAUCGUCACCUAAGAAAAUGAGUGCAGGGUCAUCCUUCGCCACAAAGCAAGGCAGAGAUGAACCUGGAAUGCCUGAGACCUCGUGGGGGUUUGGGGGUGGCUCACCAGACUUUAGUCUCCAUUCUUCAAACUGUUGCCAUGUGGGUGUUAACAUCCUUUAGUAAAUUAUUUUCUUUUUUAGUCAUUAAUAAUUUAUACAGAAUUCUGCCUGCGGGCGGGCCUGCAGGCCAGAAGAGGGCACCAGAUCUCAUUUAUAGAUGGUUGUGAGUUACGGAGUGGUUGCUGGAAACUGAGCUCAGGACCUUUGGAACAGCAGACAGUGCUCUUAAUCUCUGAGCCAUCCCUCCAGCCCAUAAAUGACUUUCUUUUCUUCUUUUUUUAAAAAAAAAAUAUUUAUUUAUUUAUUUUAUUUAUUUAUUUAUUUAUUUAUUAUGUAUGCACAGAACUCAUUAUAGAUGACUGUGAGCCACCAUGUGAUUUCUGGGAAUUGAACUCAGGACCUUCGGAAGAGCAGACAGUGCUCUUGACCUCUGAGCCAUCUCUCCAGCCCAUAAGUGACUUUCUUUAGCUACACGUUUGUGUGCCUGGGAGGCGGAGACAGAAAGAAGCAUCUCUUGAGCCAGGAGUCAGGGCCAGACUGGUCAAUAGAGCAGAAACGAGAUGCCGGGCCUGGUGGUGCGCACCUUCAUUCCAGCACAAGAGGCAGAAGUUGGCAGGUCUUUGUGAGUUUGAGGCCAGCCUGGUUUGCGUAGCGAGUUGCAGAGCUACACAGUAAGACUUCGUCUCAAAAACAAGCAAAGGGGCUCGGGGAGAGGCACAAUGUCAGGGAUGUAGCUCGGUUGUAAGCUGAGGAAGCCCUGCUUUCCCUGACACGAGCUACAUGAGGCGGCACACGGCUGUCAUCCCAGAGCGCUCAGCCGGGAGAGUGCUGUUUGCGUUGGCGUUUGUGUGUGUUCCUGAAGCCAAGGAGGCCAGAAGAAGGCAUGUGACCCCCUGGGCCUGGGGCUGCUGAACAGUGUGAGCUCCCAGGUGGGUGUGGGGCUCCAAUCUUACUGCAGAGCAGCCAGUGCUCCUAUCUGCUGAGCCAUCUCUGCACCCAGGACUCUGUCUUCAAAACACAAAAGCUGGGUGUAAUGGUGCACCCUCAUCUCCCAACAAAAGCCAGAGGGCAGGGAGGAUGGCUGCGUGGGAAAAGGUGCUUGCUGCACUAGCCCUAUGACCUGGGUUCAAUCCCAGGGACCCACAUGGUGGAAGGAGAGGGCCAACUCCCACAAAAUGCCCUCUGGCCUCCACGUACAAACGGCCACAUAAGUAAAUGUAAUUUUUUUAAAAAAAAGCUGGCACCUGACAGUGCCUAGGAUGGCCUUCCAGAUGUACACAGCAAAACACAACUACGGUCCAAGAGCUUCCCUGGUUGUAUUUUUUUCACAUCUUUGAUGCUGAGAAUCAAACCCAGGACCUGGCACAUGCUAAGUUGGUCUCCACCCUGAACUCCGUCCUCAGUUCCUGGGUCCCUGUAUUAGGCUUUUCUGGAGUUUGUAUCCUUGGGGGGUCCUCCCUGUCUCUGUCUCCCAGUGUUCUGGUGGGGUGGGCAUGUCACUAGGUGGUGAACGCAUGUUUAGUGAACAUGGACUUCUGGGUUCAGUUCCCAACACAAACACAUCCCUGGCUCCCAGAUUCUUCCCCUUGGGGACCUAGUGGCCAGAGCAAAGGGGGGGACAGGCUCAGUGAGGCCUGUUUCAUCGUUUUUUAGGACAAUAGGAUGAGUGUUCCCUCCUUGUUUUUAUUUUACCUUUUAUUAUUUUUUUGAGAUUGCAUCACUAUGUAGCCUUGUCUGGCCUUGGGCUUCCUAUGUAGACCAGGCUGUCCUUGAACUCACAGAUAUGCACCUGUCUCUUCCAGGAGGUUAACAUUAAAGGUGUGUGCCAUCACUCCUGGCUGAAUUCCUCAUGUUUUUAAACGUGUUCAAUGGCGGGUGUGUGUGUGUGCGCGCGCGUGUAAAAUGGCCCUGGAGACAUUAUUUUUGUUUUAAAUUUUUAUUUUAUUUUUAAAAAUGUGUGUGGAUGUUUUGCUUGCAUGCUGUCUGAGCCCACAGAGUCCAGGGGGAGCUUGGGAUGCCCUGGGGCUAGAGUUCCGGAUGGGAGUGGGCUGCUGUGCAGGUGCUGAGAACCGAAACAGGGUCCUUUGGGAGGAGAGCAGAGCUCUUAACCGCUGCCCUAGCUCCAGUCACCAGCGUCUUGGAUUGUAUUUAUUACUCAGGCGUGGAAGUCAGAGGACCAUUCACGGGGUCGCUCCUCUCCUUCCUCCCUGUAAGCUGUAGGCACUGAACUCGGGCCAGCAGGCUAGGCAGCAGGGACUUCACCUGCUGAAACACACUGCUGGUCUGUUCUGUUUUUGAGACGUGAUCUCCUAUGUCCCAGCCUGGCCUGGAAUACUCUGUGUAGCCAAGCAGGACCCUGAACUUCUGAUCCUGGUGACUCCAGCUCCAGAGUGCUAGGAUUACAGGCCUAUGCCACCGUGUUCACCUUCUGUGGCGAGCAGUGUUGAACCUCCGGCUUCAAGCACUCAAGGCAAAUGCUCCACUAUUUUAACCACACUUCCAGCCGCGGGGGCUUAUUUUGUUCUGUUGUUUGUUUGACAUAGGGCUUCAUGUAGCCCAAGCUGGACCUGAACUCCCGGCUUCACCUCCCGGUGCUGCUGCGCCGACAUCUUUUAUUCUGUUUGUGAGGCUGGAGAGAGCUCGGCAGCCUACCGCUGGCGGCAGGUCCCAAGGAGCCUGCUGUGUCCCGCCGUUUGUCAUCUGUUCGUUUCUUCUGGCGUUAGAGACCUAAGCUCAUCCGCCUGGUACACAUGGAGUCUGGCGAGCCAGGCGCAUGCUCAGCAGCACAGAAUGUUCCCGGCGGCCAACCUCUUCCUGGCAGAGACCAGGCUAGACGCAUUUCUGCGUCACCUGCUCGGCGCACGCUCUUUCCUCGCAGGUGUUCGGUGGAUGUUUGUUGAAUCCAGCUCACAUCCUGCUUUUGCAUACUGAUCUCGUAAGUCCAGCCUAAGC